AUGGAAGAGGAUAAGGCAUGCCCCAUGUACCCGGUCGGGGGCUUCAUAAUCUCCGGGGACCCUACUCCCACAGCGAUGGUUUCGGGCUGUGGUGAGUCGAAUGCUACUGCAACUCAGGCUAGUCAGGUGAUCACACCGGACCAGACUAGUCUGCAUGCUACUGGUGUCGCAAGAGGUCAAUCUGGCAUACCCAGAUUGGCUGAUUGUAAAAAAUCCAAGGCAAUAGGUGGUAGUGACCUAAGCGGCGAGGUACCUCUGGACUUCUCUCCAAGUACCUCCAAAGCCGCGAAAGCCCAAGUCGUCAAGGCGGCUAAAUCCCCUGUUUCGGGUGCCUCUAAGGGGGAAGCGACUAAGUCGCCCCUCACGGAUGCUUCCCAUAUGCCAACUGUGCGCUCAGGUCUUGUGAAGGAAUCCUCCUGUCCUGAAGACGCAUCACCCCUGGCCAAUCCCGGCUCUGAAACUAACCCCAGGCAUAAAAACCCUGCUAGAAGGGCUGCUACCACCAGGCGUUCCGCUUACCGCUUUGUUGAGGCACUUGGCUCGAAAAAAGUCGAGGACCUCACUAAGGAGCAACAAGCUUCGCUUUCCUGGGCGAAAGCCUAUAUUGCUGGUCUCAAAACCGCUCCUCCUUCUGCUGAAUUACCAGCGGGGCCUAAACGGCAACGUUCAGAGGAGGAUACAGCGACCAAGAGCCAGCAACCGGGACCUAAACGUCCCAAAGCGGCACAAAGGUCGUUAGCUAAAUCCUUUAGCGAGAUUGUCAAAGACAGUCUUGUUAGGGCGGUUAUCGACCGGAGUGCGAAUGACGGAUCCAUAUCUCAAUUGAAUUGGGAUAUGGUGAAGCAAAAACUGGUAGGGGUGUUUUGGAAAGUUCUCAAAGAGAACCCAGGCACUCCUCCACAAUGCGAUGACGCUGGUUGGUACCAGGGUCACGUAAAACUUAUGUCUUGUGUAGAUGAACGCUCAGCGUUGCUACUAAAGACUGCCGUCGCAUCACUGGGUGAGGUUUGGCCGGGGUCUAGGCUUGAGGUGGUAUCUGUGAGUGAGAUACCCCGAAAGCCUAGAUCCAUAGCUAAAAUACCAGCUGAGCCAUCUAGCCCGGAGGAGAUCUUGGAGAUCCUUCAGUGCUGUAACCCACAGCUUCCAACUCAAGACUGGAAAGUUGUUAAGGUUACGGACGCUGAGGGCUCUUCAAGGAAAGCGAUCGUUGUCCUGAAUAAGGACUCUUUGGGGCCGCUAAGGAAGGCACAAGGGAAGGUCUACUAUGGAUUUGGUACGAUCAUCCUGCGUGUCUACCGUAGCGACAACAAAGGCGAUACAUCCUCAGGUGAUGUAAAGCCCAUGCUCUCGGAAGAGGGCAUGGAUUGCAAUGACGCCACUGAUCCAGCCGACACUGAAGAUACCAACUCAGUCUCCGAACUAGUUGGUACAUUCUUUGAACGGAUGGAUGAGGUGGUGGACGAGGACGCCCUCCUGAAUUCUGACCAGGAGGACGCCGACGUAACUAUUGUAAAAAUGGAGCAUGGUGAGGGUGACCCAGAUAAACCUUCACCACUCUAAAGCAGCAUCAGCUGCACUGCUCCUCCGAAUUGCUCAGAACGGGGAGGAGCUAGUCAUGGUCCAGGAACCUUGGGUCCAUCAGGACCGUAUCUGUGGACUAUGUUUGAAGGGCUAUAAGCUCUACUUCGCUAAAGGCGCAGUAAUGAAGAUACAGUAGCAGUCUCAUGGGAAACUAAUGAAGGCUGUUUGUUAUGGCUGAUAUCCAGCUACAUGGCGCAUGACCACGGGGAGCAUCCACCAAACGAUGAUAUCCGUAGUGCUGUGAAAAAGGCGAAUGAGUCCAGGAUACCAUUGGUUAUCUGUGCUGACGCUAACUCGCACCACAUUGUAUGGGGUAGCAGCGACACCAACACAAGAGGUGAGAGUCUUUUCAGUUUCAUACUUAAUAGUAGUUUGGAAGUAGUUAAUAGAGGUUCAGAACCUACCUUCAUUGUUUCAAACAGAAGUGAGGUACUAGACUUAACACUUGUGAGUGCUGAGCAC